GACUCUGAGAGGCAGAAACCAUAUAAGUCAGGCUUUAUUCCAGUCGCCAUUUUUAAACCGUUAGAAAUUGUCCUGGAGGACAACAGGCGUGAUUAAAGCAGCUUUCCUCCUCAGCAGGAUUUCUGCUCCAUACCAUAACGGAGGCAGCGGCCAUUAUGGGCUCCAAAUGCUCCAAACAUCAGACUGCAAGACCCAUGCAUCACACAGAACCAGAGCUGUCUCUCCCAGGUGAGACCAUGCUGCCAGGUGAGAAGGAAGAGGCGGUGGACUUGAGUCCUCAGCAGGACGGCUCUCUGAGGACGGGCGGUGCAGACGGACAGCGGAUUCAGAACACGUUUCCGGGUCAUGGAGACAAUCCGUUCUCUGCGUGGGUCUGCAAUUGGCUCGACUCCCAAGCCCAUCCGACGGCUGAGAAAAUGCUGAGGGAGCUGCAGGCUGUGGGGUGGCUGGGUGAGAGGGAGAACGCUGAGGCUACGCUGCCUGUAGGGGGCGCUAAUGCGCCGCAGCAGCAGCCAGAAGCAAAACCUGCACCGGAGCAGAAGGACAGAGGAACUCAAACCAAAGAGCUCCGGAGCUUCAGCAAAGGAACGCAGACGAGCGGCCAGCUGCUGCCUCCAUGGAGCCCGGCUGAGCUGAUGGAUCUAGUCCAGAAAGCUCCUGAUCCUCUCACCAAACCGCUGGCCUUCUUCAGGUGGCUGCGUCUUACCUGCAUGGCGUUUGAACCGCGUCCUGCUGACGUCAGCAAGCUGCUCAGGCUUCUCUAUAACCAAAAAUGGAAGGAAGUAGAAGAAGACCUCUGGGUUCCAGGAGCAAGCAGCAACGCUGACUGGUCCACUGACGCCAUGACCGCCUGGCUGGAUGGAGCCUGCAGGCCCGCCAUCGUCUCUGUGGCCUGGAAGUACAACGACUUCUUCGAUUUAAUUGCUUUGUAUAAACAAAAACACGGAGAGUCUGUGACGGACUUCCUGUCCCGUUUCCAGGAAAUGUGGAGCUCCUGGUGCGAUGGCACCAGCGACGAACUUGAGGCCCUUUUCGCCCUCAACUUAGUGCAGCUGUUACAGCCACAUGUUUCUGAGCUGUUCAAGGAGAAGGUCAUCGUCUGGAAAACGUACAGCGUUCCAAAAAUCAUCUCAGCAUUACGGGACAUGGAGAAUAUGGACAUGUUUGAUGCACAAAAACAAGCUGAGGAGGAGCAGGAGGAGGAGGAGGAGGAGGAGGAGGAGCAGGAGGAGGAGGAGAAGAAGGAGGAGAAGAAGGAGGUGGAGCUCCAGGUGAUGCCGUCAGACUACCCGCCUCCUUAUACUUCCAGGAGGAGAGGGAGGUGCUACUCCUGCGGCCGCUACGGACACUGGGCCCGGGAAUGCUACGCUGCGUAUCCACAGCAACCAGCUUUAGGCUAGAACUACGCCUACUGAGGUUGCAGCAUCCACAGC